AUGGACCAAUUCUCACUUGAGACUAAAAUACGAGAGGUUGUUUAUGAAUUAUCUUAACCGACUAUGAUGAGAUGUAAUAUCCCUUAUAUUUAUAUAGUAUCUGAUUGCAUAAGAUAAAUAGAUCAAUAGUAACUGAGUAUUGAUUAUUUGAAAUAGUAAAUUAGAUAAUAGAAUGAAAACCAGCAAAAUCACUAGAUUGAAACUAAUAGGAGAUAUUCUGAAAUUGAUGCUCUUUAGAAAUAGUAAAAAAAGCUAGAGUAAGAAAUCAUGAAGAAUCUAACUGAAGCUCAAUAAUCGUCAGCUAAUUUUAAAUCAAGAGUUGAAAAAAUGGAAAUGGAAUUGGAACAAUAAAAGAGUAAUUAUUAAGUUACUAUGAAUUCAUAAUAUAAAACUUAAUCUGAUUUGGAUUAGCUGGCAAAGAAGCAAGCCGAAUAUAGUGUAGCCUUUAAUAAUAAAAUUGAAGAUUUUAUGAAAGAUUACUAUACUUAUUUUGUAGAAAAUAGAAAUUAAGUGCAUGAUAUCUCGAAGGAAUAGCAAUAGACUUCAAAGUAUGUUCAAAGUUAAUAUAAACAAUUGGAGCAACUAGAAAUAUAUAAAAAUCUAUCAGAAUAAUCCUAAUCAAGCUUGGCUGAUAGGGUUGAAUGGAUAAUAAAAGAGAUGAAUCAUCUGGUGAAUCAGGAAUAUUUUAAAUUUACUUUCGAUAAAGAAGAAAAGUCAAGAAUGGAGGAUAAUCAAUUUCUGAAGGGAGCAGUAUAAUUACUGCAGAGUUAAGUGCAGGUCUACAACAUUUCCUUUGAUGAAAGAGUGAAAGGGUUAGAGAUGUUUGAAAUUCAAUAUCGUCAAUAGUUGAACUCUUUUUAAUAAUAAAUGAAUAGCUAAACUGAGAACUAUUAGAAAUUCUUCAAGGAAACUAGUUAGCAAUUGCAAAGUUAGAAUACUGCAUUAAAUGUGAUAUAGGACUUUUAGAAGAACUCUGAAGAGAAAAUAUCACUUAUAGUGAAUAACUAGAUCGGUGUAUUUCAAACCAACCUUAAUAACUAAAUGAAGAAAUUGACAGAUCAAUUUAAUGGUUUGAAGGUCACAAUAGCAAAAGAAAUGACAUAGGAAUUCAACUAUAAAUUAGAAGACAUACGUUAGCAAUUAUUGAAUGAAUCCUUAAAGUAAUUGAACAUAAGAUUAGCAACUUUUGAAUUAUAAAUUUAGGAGUUGAAAAAUAAGUAAUAUCAAAAGGAUGCUGAGGUUUAGGUUAUUUUAUCUGAUAAUUCAUUAAGCCAACAGGAACAGCUAUAGAAUUUUAUAAUUGAAUAAAUAGAUAUGAAAAUGACAAGUAGUUCUUCGUUUAAAGGGUAGAAAGUAGUUAGGAGGAAUAGUAUUUGUUUAAAUGCUAAGGGGGGAUUUAAUUUAAUACAGGCUGGUCACGCUGAUAUUUAGAAAUCUUUGGUGCUAAGUGAACAAUUGAGUGAACAAUUAGAAGACAUGAAGACUGAUAUUCAGAUGUUGUUUGAGAUGAGAGAGGAGAUGGAAUAAAAGUUUAAGGUGUUUGAAGCUGACUUCUCAGUAGCUAUCUAGAAUUUUGAUAGAAAUCAUUCUCAUGUGUUGAAAUUGAAAUCAGAUAUAUUCAAUGAUACCGAAUAUUUGAACAGUUAAAUUAAAAUAUUAUUUAGAGAGAAGGAUAUAAUUAAUCGGAAAUUUUCAUUGCUUUUAUAAUUAUUUUCUGGAGGAUCUGAGGUAGCAUAAAUUACUGUUGCCUAUUUACUUAAAUAAUUGAAGGAUCCAAUUAAAUUUACAUCUGAUUUAGGAAUGGUCUUUGAAUUCAGAAACGAGAUAUGCAGUUACAGACAAUCAAAUUAUACUAUAGAGGAUCUUUUGAAAAAGUCGUUUCAGAGUUUCAUUGAUAGUUGGGAUAAAAGUGAGUUGCUAGAAGUAAGAGAGUUCAAUCCACAUUGGUAUUUCAAUAAAUACAUUUAUAAAAAUCAUGCAAGUCUAUCUAAGACUUUAGACAGAUCAUUCGAAAAAACAAUUAAAUGCACAACUCAGACAGUAGUAGAUGGUGAAGAGUUUGUGAGGAGAUCUGGGAGAUAGCGAAACACUUCUUAAAAAUAGUCAAUAAUGAUGAGUAUGGAUUCAACGAGAUAGAAAAAAGUAACUGUCAGAUCUAUGUACAAAUAAUAAGAGCGAGAUGAUUCGAAUGAGUGCUUUCCAAAGGUGAAAAAGUGA